AUGAUGUAUCACAUGUUGAUGCCGUGUACGCCAUUUAUCGACUAUUGGCCCGAGACUAUGCUAAUGCUGGACACGGAUCAGUUAGCAAAUGCAAAACCAAAAAAUCAAAUGAGACGACCAAAUGAUGAUAACCGACAAAUAGCUAACUCAUCACAAAUAGCUAAUAAUGUCCACAAAUUUAUUAUUCGUUUGGAUUGCAAUCAUUUCAAACCAGAAGAACUUGAAGUCAAAACUGACGGCAAAUUUUUAAAAAUUCAUGGAAAACAUGAUGAAAGAUGUGAUACUCACGGAUGGAUUGCACGUGAGUUCACCAGAAGCUAUGCUCUGCCCGAUGACUGUGACUCCGAUACUGUGGUCUCCAGUAUUAACUCGAAAGGCAUUCUUACUAUCGAAGCGAAGAAAAAGUCGAAAGUCAUUGAAGGAAAUGAAAUCAAUAUUAAAAUAAAUGUCAUCAAUGGUAACGACAUAAAGGAUAAGACAAAUAAUACCGAUAACAACACCAAUAAUUAG